GGUUUGUUGAUGGCGGUCGAGCAGCGAACAUGGAGGUUUAGUCGCUUUCGGGUGUUCGUGGAAAGAAGGGUUUACUGAUCUAGGUUUUAUCUUUUCUGUUUGUUUGUUACAUUUUAUUUUCUUCAACUUGUUGGACUUUAUCAUGGAGAUGAAGAAGAGGAUCAGCCUGGAGCUGCGGAACAGAAAUCCUGCUGAGGUGGUGGAGCUGGUGGUGGACAACUGUCGGUCGUCUGACGGCGAGGUGGAAGGUGUGACGGACGAGUACACGCAGCUGGAGGUCCUCAGCAUGGUGAACGUUGGCCUCGCCUCGCUCUCCAAGCUGCCGUCGCUGCCCAAGCUCAGGAAGCUGGAGGUCAGUGAUAACUCCAUCUCAGCUGGUUUGGACUCGCUGGUGGAGAACUGUCCCGGCCUGACGUACCUGAACCUGAGCGGGAACAAGAUCAAAGAGCUGAGCAGCAUCGAGCCGCUGCAGAACCUGAAGAACCUGAGGAGUUUGGACCUGUACAGCUGCGACGUCUCCUCUCUGGAGGACUACAGGGACGGCGUCUUCAAGCUGCUGCCCCAGCUCACGUUUCUGGACGGGUUCGACCCGGAGGACAACGAGGUUCCCGACUCGGAGGACGAUGAGGAUGAUGAAGCUGGUCCACUAGGAGACGACGACGAUGAUGAAGAGGAGGAGGGUUCUGAUGCAGAUGAGGACGAGGUGGGCCUGUCCUACCUGAUGAAGGAGGGGAUCCAGGAUGAAGAGGAUGAUGGAGAUUAUGUUGAGGAUGAGGAGGAUGAUGAUGAUGAAGAGGACGAUGAAGAGGACGGCGCCGCUGUUCAGGGCGAGAAGAGGAAGAGGGACGCAGAUGAUGAAGGAGACGAUGAUGAUGACGAGUAAAGGACUGUCCUGGCUCCGCCCACACUGACUAACCCCUCCCCCUGAGUUGGGCGGGGCCCUGGAGCCGCAGACAGACAGGAAGUCUCAGGUUUCACUGCAGUAACCGGGUCCAGGUGCCCGGCCCGGUUCUUCCCAGGUCACCACAGAGAUCUACUGCAGGAGCGCUGACAGAACCUUCACUGGGCUCCAGAUUGGUUCUGGUUCUGUCUGUGGUUCUGACAAGGUUUCAGUUCUGUAGUCUCCCAGUAAACCCAGUUCCUACAUUACCCAAGAUCCUCAGCAGCUGCUCCACCCUUCAGGUUCUGCUCUCUGAUUGGACGCCUUCAGUUUUAGCCCCGCCCCUCCCAGCUGUCUGCGGCUCCUGCUGGUCUCUGGUCUGUAAAUGGAACGGGUCCCUGUAGGUUCUGUGGUCUCUGCAGUAUUUUAUUUUUUUAUUCCUGUUUUCUGACGGUGUUGGUGUAACCCGAGUGUUUUUCAAUAAAACCCCUGAAACGUUCA